AUGGGAGUAGCAUAUGUGAUCGCUGGUCGUAAAAUUGCAUCUCAAUAUGUAGUUGUAUUGGUUGCUUUUCUAACAAUCAGAAGAUCUAAGGCAAAAAGACCUGAUCUGUUUACUUCCAGUCCACCAAUCAAUGUGUCUUCAGUUGAAGAGGAAUUGUUCAUUAAAGAAUUUAUGAAAAGUGAAGAAGCCGAAGAAAAUAAAAAGGCUCAUAAUAAACGUAAAAAAUACUAUGGGUUACCAGAAUUAGGAUUUGUUAGAUCAAAUAUUUUAUUUCUAUUUAGUUCUCAACUGGUAAGCACAGCUCCGGACAAAGCACAUGAACUUCCUGACAAGCUUGACAAUGAAGUUUCUCAAAACCCCCUCAACCAAGAAACUAACAAUGGGAUGUAUUUGGUACAUGAAAGUGUUAAUGUUGACAAAAAUCAUUUUGGUAUUGUUGGAGUGCAUGAAAUGCAUCUGAAUGUUCUUGUCAGAGAUAAGGUUAAG